AUGGAAAUAGGUCAGAACAUCAGCGCGCGAGUGUCACCGCAUGGUUUGCCAAACCUCGCAGAUCUUGGACACAGCGUCUGGGGUCUGCUUGGGCUAUUGGCAGCAUACGCAAUAUGGGCAUAUCUACCCAGAGCGAAGCUGGGGAAGAGGCUCAAUGCCGUGAUAUCCAAAAUCCUGGAUUUCUACUUGACGCGACGGUAUCCAAUUCACCACCUGGAGACGGGCAAGACUCUUCCUGGGCGGCCUUAUCAAUGGCCGAACGGACAGGGCGAUGUCGAUAAAUUCAUAGAUGGGAUUGAGAACCGGGCCACAUGGGCAAAGGACCAUGGGCAAAUCUACCGGGUCUGGGCUGGAAUGAAGCCAGAGAUUGUCCUGCAGAAGCCAGAGCACGUCAAGCUUGUCUUCCGCGACUCCGACCGGCACUCCAAGGCCGUCAACAACGACUCGGGCCAUCUGAUGGGUGAGGUGCUAGGUCAAUGUCUGGGCCUGAUCAGCGGCGCAAACUGGCGGACACUGCGCGCAGUGAGCGAGCCAGCGUUUGCCCACAGCACGGCCGCCAACUACCUCGGCCUCAUCCACCGGCGUGUGGGCAGCUAUCUCGAUCAAUGCUCCUCCAUCCGAGCCGGAUUGAUCGAUCCUGUCGCAGAUUUCAAAUUUCUGCCCUUUUUCGUCAUCGCAGACCUUCUGUACGGCGAGGUGACAAGCCAAAUGGAGGAGGCUCUACGUGACAUGGCCCCUAUCCGAGAACGUCUGUUCCAGCUGGUCAUUAGGGGAGGAAUUGCUCGCUUUUCAUGGUCGAAAUAUCUCCCCACCGAGGCAGGCCGGGUGCUGAAGCAGUUUCAGUCGCGAUGGAUCGCUUUCAAUGAGACUGCUUAUCGCCGCGCCCGUGCGCUGGAGGCAACCGACACCCCAGUCUAUCAGUUGUUUUCAGCGGUGGAGCGAGGCGAGAUCAGUGCGGACAACGCAUCUCAAACGCUGGAUGAGAUGUUGUUUGCGAACCUGGACGUCACCAUAGGCUCGUUGUCGUGGAACCCUGUGUUUCUGGCAGCACACCCCGACGUGCAGGACGAGCUGCACAGGAGUAUUGCCCAAGCAGAACAAGAGGAAGGACCCGAGAUGGCUGGCUAUCUACAGAGGAGCUCAACCUGCCUCGCAACGUGCAUCCUGGAAUCAGCCCGUCUCAAGCCCCUGGCCGCAUUUUCGGUCCCCCAAGCGGCGCCAACAGAGCGCGUCCUGGAUGGCUAUCUGGUCACGGCCGGGACCAGCUUCAUAGUCGAUGCGUACGCCUUGAACGUUGAGCACGAGUUCUGGGGCGUAGAUCGCCGCGAGUAUCGACCGUCUCGGUUCUUACACCUCAACGUGUCCGAGACUAGGUAUCACCUCUGGCGGUUCGGAUUUGGGCCCCGUCAGUGUCUUGGAAAGUAUGUGGCGGAUCUGAUAAUCCGCACAUUCCUCGCACAUCUGGUGCGCAAUUGGAGGCUGGAGUUUCAAAAGGGCGAGGGCACCGAUUCGAGGAACUGGCAGCGCGACUUGGACGCUUGGAUCACCCAUCCCAAGGUGAACCUCAUCGUAAAACCGCGGUAG